AUGGUGGAGAUUGCUCGAGGCCGACUCGCGGUGCUACGAGCACAGGAGGAGACAAACAUUUCGGCGGCCAGCUUCCGGCUUUUGCUAGUUGAAGGUUUUUCUGCGAGCAAGGUCUGCAUCUCCGGAGCGUUAAAGACGAUUCAGCUACGACUGGUGCGGAAUACCGAGGCUGGCGAGUGCUACCUCACAUGGACGCCGUCGAGGAAGAAAAAGCCUCGGAUCAAUUUACACGACAUCGAGCAGGUCAUCGCGAUUCGGAAGGAAGGCAACUCAGAGGCUCCGCGGUUGUCCAAGAAAGUAAGCCAUCGACGAGGAAUCAUUCUUGUGUGUAAAAGCUAUCACCGAGGACGGAUCGUCCUCGAAGUGACAACCAAGAGAGAGCGAAAUGUUCUUCUCCAAGGAUUCCAGCACCUCCUAAGGGAAAUAGUCUCAACAGAAUCGAGUCUAGACGAUAUUGGAGCGCUUCGGAGUCAGCAACCACGGCGUCAAAGUACGCGGUUCUGUGGCUACUCUGUACGGGCAGAUGCAAAGGCAAUCGAGCAUUUUUACCAGACGCGUUUUGACGAUUCGCCUGACUCCGCAAUUUCUCAUCCGUCGCAGUCUUCACGGCCGAGCCGAGCUAUGGAAGUUAGGCACUAG